AUGUUCGUUGCGAACAGAGUGGAUUGUAUUCUGAGAACCACAAGUUGUAGUCAGUGGAAUUAUGUUACUAGCGGUGAUAAUCCAGCUGACUACGCAUCACGUGGACUGACAACAGAGGAACUUCUUUCGUCAAACUGGUUAGGAGGACCAGACUUCCUUUGGGAAAGUGAAGUUGCUAAGCAAGAUGUCACACUAGAGGUUUCUCCUGACGACGUUGAAGUGAAGUCUUCGACAGUACAUACAGUAAUGUCAAAGACCAAGAUUUCAACCUUUACGUCAUUUGAAGAUAGGUUGAACCGCUUCGCCAUGUUGGACAGCGCUAUUAGAGCGGUAGCUGUACUAGUGAGGUGUUGUUACAGGCGCAAGGGACAUGACAUAGAUGAUGUUGAGAUCAAAAGAGUCGCUGAGAGAAAUCUCCUGCAUGCUGUCCAGAAAGAAGCCUUCUGUGAUGAAAGACAGCAAAUCAAAUCUGACAAACAUGCUGUGUCAAAAUCUAGCCGCCUGAGUCAAUUAGAUCCAUUUCUUGACAAACAAGACCUCCUACGGGUGGGAGGACGCAUGAAGAGGUCUGAAAUGGUGUAUGGAGUUAAGCACCCUAUUAUCCUUCCGAAGGGUAGUAGACUUUCCAUGCUUGUCGCACUUCACUAUCAUGCGAAGAUUUCUCACCAAGGUAGAAAUAUGACCAUCAACGCAAUCAGAUCAAGUGGAUACUGGAUCAUCGGUUGCAGAAGCAUUGUCUCAUCUCUGAUCGGCACAUGCACCCAUUGCAUUAGACUAAGAGGCAAGUUGGGUGGACAGAAGAUGGCUGACCUUCCAUGUGAACGACUUGAGCCAUCGCCCCCUUUCACUUAUUGCGGUCUGGACUGUUUUGGUCCAUUUGUAAUCAAAGAAGGGCGCAAAGAGCUCAAGCGCUAUGGCCUCAUCCUGACAUGCAUGGCAAUGAGAGCCAUUCAUGUGGAAGUAUUGGAUGACAUGUCAUCCGAUGCAUUCAUCAACGGACUGAGAUGUUUCAUUGCUAUUCGAGGAAACGUAAGGCGGAUUCAGUGUGACCAGGGCUCCAAUUUUGUUGGAGCCAAGCAUGAACUGAAACAAGCUCUCCGUGAGAUGGAUGCGGACCAUGUCGCCCGCAAUCUUCUGGAGCAGAACUGUGAGUUCAAAAUGAAUCCUCCUUCCUCUAGCCAUAUGGGAGGUGUAUGGGAGAGACAAAUCAGAAAUGUGCGCAAUGUUCUCAAUGGAUUAUUGGAACAGUGCGGAACGCAGUUGAAUGUCUCCUCUCUACGGACAUUUCUCUAUGAGGCCAUGGCUAUCGUAAACAGCCGUCCAUUGAGUGUGGAUAACCUGGAAAGUCCUGAUGGUCCUCUUCCGUUGACUCCCAAUCAUGUUCUGACCAUGAAAUCCGGUCUUAUACUGCCUCCACCUGGAAGCUUUGAAAGGGAGGACAUCUAUCUCCGCAAAAGAUGGCGUCGAGUCCAAUACUUGACACAGUUGUUCUGGACACGAUGGCAGAAGGAGUACCUGCACACGCUUCAACCAAGAAAAACUUGGACUGAAAAGAAGACCAAUGUGCACGUAGACGACAUAGUACUCUUGAAAGAUGAAGCCAUUUGUCGGACAGAUUGGAGAGUUGCGAGAGUCAUGGAAACAAUGUCCAGUGAUGAUGGUCUAGUGCGGAAGGUGCGACUUCUCAUGGCGACCCCAGACUUGGACAAAAAGAGGGCGGAUGCACGCCUUCCCGACUCGCUCUCACAGGUUCGUCGCCUCCUUGCAAUCCACCACGCCCGCCGUGCUCUCGUCUCGCCCGUCCUCCCCGGGAGCCCGAAACCGCCUUUAUCGACGUCGACGGUGACCACGACCGAAGAUAUUCGGCAGGUGAUUGAGCAGCUAGGAAAACACAACCACUCCCAGUUCUACUGCUUCAUUUUCACAAUACUCACCCAUGGGAAAGAGGGCUCCGUUUAUGGCACGGACGAGUGUCUGGUGAGGAUAGAAGACAUAGUUGGUCGAUUUAGUUCUGAUCUAUGUCCAACUUUGAAUGGAAAGCCCAAGCUCUUCUUCUUACAAGCUUGUCGAGGAGCUGGAGGUUGCUUUAGGGACAAGCGAAUGGAAAUCUACAAGUAA